AAGGAUGUGGUGUCCUGCCACAGCCACCGCCGCCGCCGCCCGCCUUCGCCACCUCCACUAACGCUACCGCUAACGUUGCCACCGCCACCGCAGCCGCCGACGACGUUUCCCCAAUUGUUAUCAAUCGACGACAAAGCACCGACCGCGGCGCGCCGGUAGGUGCAGUGGUGGUGGUCGUCCGUCGUCGCCGGCCGCGCGUUCAUAAAACGCGACCACGCCGCCGCCGUCGCACACGCGUCGUGUUGACCACGAGAAACGUGUCGACACCGUUGCUGCUGCCGUCGUCGUCGUCGUCGUCCGAUGUCCGAUUUCGACGCGUCGCACAUACGAUCAUACACACAGAGGAUCAGUUCAGCUUGGAGUAAUGUUUAGUCACAGUAUAUUUUAAAGGAAAGAAUUAUUUUUCUUGCUAUACUAUGGCCAUUCUCCAAUCUUGCUGUUGUUUUCAGUCUCUAAGAACGGGAUGUUAUGCCAGCGUCAUUUAUGCAAUGGCAUAUUUUAGUUUAAAUACUAGCAUACUGGGAUCAUUUAUACAUCUCGAAAGACCAUAUUGGACUGGGAAUGGAACCGCUCCACAGAGCAAAAGUUUCCUAGAACCGGAAAAAAUUUCAGAAACUACAGUGGUUUUUCAUAUGGUGGUGUUGGUGUGUGCGGGAUGCGGUAUCCUGACUAGCAUCGUGUUGUUUAUAGGAAUUUAUUUUGAUCUCAGAGUUUUAUUCGUACCUUGGAUAUUUGCAAUGAUCUUAGCAACUGCUGUUGAUGUCGCACAUUCAAUAUAUUUAUACGGACUAGAUACGGUUGAAUUCAAUCCGCCAACAGCAAUUUUGUAUACUAUCGACUUUUUUCUACUAAUUUUAAACCUGUAUGCGGUACUCUGUGUGAUAUCUCAAUAUCAAGAACUAAUGGCGGGCAGAGGUACUGCACGUUUUGAACAAACCUUGAAGAUAUCGCCAGUAAGGUACACGUGCCAGCCAACAGGCACCAGUUGCCUAAGUUCAAGGCGACCUGCAACCCUGCCGGCAUCACCAACACAGAGUCCCACGAAGACUACGGUAACCGCUACAGCCAGUUCGGUGGUGAUGGCUUCAACUGGUGGGGCGUCCUCAGGUUCGCGCAGGGGUUCCAGGAAACAUGUCCAAUUUCCGGAUUUUGAUACUCCCAAUCUAAAGUCUGCAGACCUGUUGCACGCGAACUGGAAACAAGGAUCAUCGCCGCCACCCGAACAGGGCACUGUGACACCCACAGAAUUAUCGAGUCAACAGCUGCUGAUCGCUGAUAAUCGGCAAAUCCAUUUACAAGCCGAACUACUGCAAAUAUCCACGCAAAAUUGUCCAAAAAAGUUUACUGCAGAUCUUCAGACUUGAUUCAGAAGUAUAUUUUUACGCGAUGUCAUACAUCCAAUAUUAGCCUUAUUAUAUAAUUUAAUAUACAACAUUAUA